GUGCAGUUGUGGGAAACAAUUGUUGAUUCAUGUUAAACCGUCCUCGCCUCUUGCCUCAAGGACGGGACACACUUGGAAGCAUUUGCAUAAAGAGAUAAAAGGGGGGAGUUGUCAGGGAGGACAAGGUGGUAACGACGAACAAACACACGCGGGAGGAAGGACGACACACCCGCACGCACGUUCGCACCUCCACAGGCCUGAUCUGGGAACCAAACUCAGAAAGACUACACACUGGUGGCACAACAAAUAUUCUUCUUCAGUUUCCUUGAGGGAAAAAAAGGACACCAGUGGACACUUUACUUCCAGGGUCCCUGAGGCGACAAGAGGAGGAGGAGGAGGAGGAAGUGCAAAUCGCAGCAGUUUGGUGGAUUCCUGAAGAUGGAACAAUCCGUGCAGAUUUGGCACAUGCAGGCGGAGCACCAUGAGGCAGCCAGUGAGCCCCAAAAGAGGAUGUCUGUGGCGAGCCAGCUGGAGUGCCCUAUCUGCUACAGCACCUACGACAACGUCUUCAAGACGCCAAAGUUGUUAGCGUGCACCCACACUUUCUGCCUGGAGUGCCUUUCCCGCCUCAUGGCGAUCUCGCCGGCUGAGCAAGAAGGCGCCGAUCGGGGGACAUUGCAGCUCUUUUGCCCUUUCUGCCGCCAAAACACCGAUUUGCCUGAGGGGGGACCCCCGUCUCUGCCCAGCAACCAUGAAAUGCUGCACAAUUUGCCAGGCCACCAGCAGCGGGAGGAGCCCGUGUGGCUGGACGGGGAAAAGUUGUGUUACAAAAGCAACAGGCCGGCAUCCGAUAGCCUUUCGGCCUUGUGCAUCUGCAUCGAUAUUGGUGCCGACAAGGGGGGCAGUGCCCCCCCCGCUCAGACCCCGCCUCAGAAUUUAGGCCGGCUGGACCGGCUGGCAGACUGGAAGCGGAUGAUGCUCUUUGUGAUGCUCAUGGUGUUGCUGAUCAUUGUGGUGCUGUGGCCACUACAGUGUGUUUUCAGCACCGGAAACAUGCGAUGUAUGCAGAUGAACCGCCCCAACCGCACCGCCAUCACCGCGACGACGCUCCCCAGUUUUGAGGCACUCAGUGUGACUGCACGUCUGUCACAUUAGACACCGACAUGGCCGUUUGGACUUGAUUGUGUACAGUUUGUGGAUCACAUCAGUGAUCUCCAGGAGGAAAUACUUUGUAAAUAAUUUCACGUGUGAUGUACACAGUCUUGUACAUUCAAUUUUCAGUCAUGCAGCACAUGCCCACAGAAGGCGGCUGUCGAAAAGACUUUUUCUUUAAAAAACAAACAAACAAAAAAACAUGAUGACACCUCCUUGUGAAAAAAUGAAAAUAAUACUUUUUCUGCAUAUUGUUGCUGUUCAAUGAAAGGCUAAUUUUUCCAAAAUUUUCAAAGAAUUAGUUACGUACAUAUCCUUUAUUAAUCCGAUGAAGGAAAUUAAUGAAGCAAUAAUUUUCAGUUGCUCUGUUGUAGAAUUUAAAGAGCACAGCAUGUACACAUUUUAUGCAAAGAAAUUUAAUGAAAGGGACAAUGUGAAUAUCUUUUGCCAUCUAGUGGUGAACUAAUAGAAUACAAUGACCUAAGUUUGAAGCGUGUGCAUUUUGAAGCACGUGCACUAGGGUGAGAGAGCACAUGUCGCAAGCAAACAACUUGUAAUAUUCCCUCAGGUAACAACGUGUGUUGUAUUUGUACCACAAACUAUUGACCCAGAAAAUGUGUCUUCUUUGAAUAGCCGUAGCUGAAAGACAUGUUAGUGUCCUGUACGGUGAGGCGCGAUCCAUGUGAGAGAAUUAGAGAUUGCCAAUGUCACCAUAAAAAAUUACGAGACCUACAAUAUUAAAAAAUGUACAUUGAUGUGGUAUUUUUUGCACAUUAUCGAAAGUGGGUGUUUUAGUGAAUAAACACUGAAAAAUCAAAGACAAAUCUACACACUGUCUCUUUAAGAAAUUCAAAAAGCUAUAAGACAUGCUUUUCAUUUUAAAGCAACAAUUUGAAGAUUUUGCAUUGUUUCAUAUUUUGACUUUAUUAAAUAAGUCUGGUGCACAUAAA